CCCCAAUGAGGGGAGGUGAUGAGAUCCCCAUCAUCGGAGAAGGAGAAGAUGGAGUCCACCACCGGCGGCAAGGAGGAGGAGAAGGAGAAGCUGUGCCGGCGGUGCAAGGCGACGUACGCGCCGUCGGGCAACACGCGGCUCUCCUGCAGGUUCCACCCGUCGUAUUUCGUGUGCCGGCGCCACGACGACCAGAAGAGGUACUACCAGCUUCGCGACGGCGACCCACCCUACGCCGCCAAGUUCUACGACUGCUGCGGCGCCGAGGACCCCGACGCCGCCGGCUGCACCACCGAUUUCCACCUCUCCUACGACGACGCCGAUGCCUAGCCGCUCACCCCUACCUACCUACCUUGUACGUAUACCGUAUACCACCACCGCCUGUAUUCCUCUUUCUUUCUCAUGUAUGCUACUACUCCAGUUCACUAAUAACGCCACGCCUACAAACAAAUUACUGUAAUACUAAUCACCAAUCAUUUCAAUAAAUUCAGUCAUAUGAGAUGAGAUGGCUCCUUAAUUUCUA